AUGGCUUCACCCCUGCAGCACGAUAGCGAGAAUCUACAUUCACCGGCAUUACCGCAAUCGGACUCACCACGAGGCCUGGGAUCUGGAUCGAAACAAUCGCGACGAUUACAACUGCGUAAUGCUGGCUUCCGUGCACCGACGCUGGCACCCAGAAAAGUUACGCCAAAGUCUAUAACCUCGAGCUCCGCGACGUACUCCUCUAACAGUGCAUUUCAACUCUCGGACGCAGAGAACAUCUCGCCUACUGGGAAGGGCCCCACCAAAGAUCGAAGCAGUAUAGGUGCUGCUCGGAAAUCGAGUGGGAUAUUGCAGGACAUUGGCAAUUCUUCGACGACUCGACAAGCCAACCACGCGCGAUCUCGCGUGACUUCGACAAAGUACAGACUGUCUGAAGGAAACGGCCACGUCGAGGACCCCAGGAACGGUACGAGUUCUCCGCCUGCUCCGAGCUCGAUCACUAUUCGCCCGCGCUCGAAGCGGCUUCGUGCAAGCAUGGGCAAGCCGCGACGGUCUGGGAGUUCGGAAACGCGAAAGUACGUGGACCAUCUAGAGGAGCAGCUUUCCGAGGCGCAAGCACAACUGUCGGCAAUCAACUCUCCUACUAUCACGAGGGCAGAGUCGUCGAGAGUGCGGACUCUCAAUGCCGAGACCAAACACUUGCAAGACGAGCUGGCGGCUUGGGAGGAGAAGUUCGAGCACCGGGUACAGGGAGAGCUGGACAAGCAUUUCGAGACCGAGGCUGGUUUGAGAGCACGCGUGCGGACAUUGGAGGAUGCGACAGAGGAGGCUCGGUUCAAGAUACAGGAAUUGGAGAUGCAGUUGGACUCGGCAGAUCAGACCAUGAAAGCAGCUGAGGUCGCCAACGUGAAUCUGGAGAAGCGCCUCGAGAUAAUGUCCGAGCUGCUUGCUACUUCGCCUACGAAGAUCGACCUACACGCCGAGACACCCUUCCGAAGACGGCAGAGCAGACCGAAGUCGAUGCUUCCACGCUUUCCUACAGCAGGCUCCCUCGCCCAGUCUCCGGAGCGUCCAGCGUAUACACAGCCAACAUCGCCCUCGCCUCCACAUAUUCGGUACAGUCCUGGUGUUCCCAUGUCGCCAGUCAACCUGAACUUCUCGCCAGAAGUACCGUCAUCAGAUGAGGAGUCGGGCUUCUCACAUGCUUCUUUUGGGGCUAACUUUGCACCACCACCUUCGAAUCUGGAAUCAAGACCUCGAAGGAGAAUGCGACGGUUUGGUGCUGGUAGUAUGGGGCCAAAGCCGCUCAUCCUACCUUCUACGUCAAACUGCGAGGACACACCAGCAUCAGCAGCGCCACGCCUGGAACGUGACGAAGAGGAGCUGCACAGCGCAUUCCCUUUCCCGCCACCUUUCAGUAUGCGAAACAAUGGCAGCCCACAGCCUUUGAGACGUAGGUCAUCCACUGAAGCAAGAGCUUUGUCAAUGUCCGGGUCAUCUUCGUCACCACGAUCGGACCCGAGCCAUGGUAGUCGUCGGUCGCACGGCUACUCACAUUCUGUCACCCUUGCACGGCCGGUCUCUGGCACACUAAGAGCCACACCACGGGACUUUUCAUCCAUAGGCUCUGCGGUUGGCACGACUAUUGGUCGCAACCUGAUGGAAGAACUGACUGCCGCACGAACAUCUGAGGAAGAUUCGAGCAGUGAGCCUUCGUCCGAGGACGCGCGAGAACAAAGCCCGAUCCAGGAUGGGCUACCAUUGCUUCUUGAAGAAGCUGUUCCGGCGGAACCCGAUACUGCACUAGCCUUACUUGAACAAUCGGAAGGCUAUGUGGAUGUGAACUUGCCGCCAUCAGAACCGCCCGAAUCACGAUUCGUGUCGGGCUCCUCCACCGCAGUCGCUCUGUCCACGGCGGUGGGCACGAUCAAACAGCCCCCGCCCAUCAAGCUUUACCCUACAAUACAUAGUAGGUCUAGCAGCAGGUCUCUGGCUCCAUCAUCCCAAGGCUCGUUGUCAACGCUGGACAGUUUGCGGACGAUCUUCAGCGACAUGUUCCGCUCACUACGCUCGCCGGCCGAGCUUGCUAGGCACCUCGUCCAGAGGGCACAGUCACACAUGCAGAUCCCUCGGCCAUUGCUUAUCGUGCAAUGGUGGCUUGUUGGUAUUCUGCUAGGGCCCAUGGCAAAACGGAGAUUUCUUGCUCGUUCAACAUGCUGCGACAGUAACAAGGAAACAACACCUUUGCUAGAGGACGAAUCCCAGGAACAGGAACAGAUCGCAUACGGCACAGCAUAUCAGACUCCUCAAAGCUCACCACUACCUCCCCGAGCACGAAGCGCGCCCUUGGUAGCUGGUAAAGGCAAGAAGCGGGCAACAUCGGCAGGUGCUAAGGGUACUGCUUGUGGUAAGGCCGCUAAGCACUGCCCUAACCAUCCGAAGCGCUUCAAGCAUAGUCCGUGGUUGUGGCUCAAGUUUAGUAUCACUUUGGCCUUUGCUGUUGGUGUGGCCUUUAAGGACGGACCUAGUAGCCUAUUGAAGGAGGCUGAUUGCCAUUGCAGGAAGAGAAGCAUCAGCAGGACUGGGCGAAGGGCACGAGGUGACGAUGAAGUGUUGUCGACGCCUAAUUUGCGCAGUCCUGAUGAGACUGUGACGUGGCGGCAGCAGCAUCGAAAUGCAGGAUAG